AGUAAGACCUUGCAGCCUAGUAGAUUUUAACAGGGAAAAAUGUAUGACAUCGACAAAAACACCGCAUAGGUUUGAAGUUUUACCCAAGACUGUUAAAAAUAAUAAUAACAAAAGCGUGUAAAAUGUAAAUUUAAGAACGAGAAUAAACCCUAGAUACUUGUUGUCCGUUGGGAUAUGCCAACCUUUGCCUAACUCAUCCGGCCAAAAGUCGUGAUGCUUACUAACCAAGAAGUGGUAUAUCCUCCGGUUCUACCUUGAUCCCACCUUUAACGUGUCUACUUAUAGUAUGUGCUUGCAUUUGAUUAUUUUCUUAUUAUUCUCUAUCAAAAACUAAUAUAAAUAACGUUGGCUUCUCUUCGAAUAUUCGCAGCGCAACUCAUCUCUCUCUCUCUCUCUCUCUCUCUCUUCACGUUUUCACGCAUUUUUUGUUCUUGAAAGUAGAGUUCUCUUCUUUUAUAAAAACUCGUCUCCUCCGAGAGAGAUUUUAAUACACACAUACAUAGGGUUACUAAGAAAUGAGUUUCUCGAGAGCAAAGCGUGUUACCGAUCCGCUCCCUGACGAGGCUAGGGCUCGGCUCGUUGGAUGCAGCUUUAGCAGCGGCAGCGAGCAUACCGGCGACGAAGACUACGACGAUGAUUCCCCUUGUCUGUCCGAACUAGUCCAAGGGUUCUUGGAAGAUGAAGUUAAUAACACCGUUCAUGACGAGACACGCUGGUGUGAUAAUGACUCUGAUUCAGACUCAUCUUCUGACUCGGAACGUGCCGACCUCCCAGAUUAUGCCGACGAUAUUGCGAAAAUCUUAAGGAACUCUCUCAGGGAAGAUAACUACGGAAGAAUGGUCUUGUUUCACGUGGCGAAAGCCAUGGAAAUGCUGUCGUCUUCACGAUCUGAUCAAGAACAGCGUGCCGUUUUGCGACGUAAGCUCAUGUCACUCCUCAGAGAGCUCGGACACAAUGCGGCGAUCUGCAAAACUAAAUGGAAAUCCUCCGGCGGAGGUCUUACUGCCGGUAACCACGAAUUUAUCGACGUCGUUUACACACCCACCGCCACGUCACCUCAAACCGUACGUUACAUCGUCGAUAUAGAUUUCAAGUCGCACUUCCAGGUGGCUAGACCAACGGUACAGUACGCGCGUGUUCUCCAAUCACUUCCGACAAUUUUUGUCGGGCGAGGGGAAGAUCUAAAGCGGAUCUUAAGGCUCGUGUGCGAUGCGGCAAGGAUAUCCCUUAAGAGCUGUGGCCUCACGCUUCCGCCGUGGAGAAAAAAUCGCUACAUGCAGACGCGGUGGCUUGGUUCAUAUAAACGCACCGUCAACUUGACGCCGUCGUCUUCUCGGGCCGCUAACACUGUCAUGUGUCGUGCCAUCGGUUUCGAUAACGCCGUCGGUGGCGGUGGCGGCCGUCUUUUUGUGCGGACUCGAUAAAAUUAAAGGAUAAAAGCCACGUGUCAUUUUAUAUAUCGACAUUUUCCGAGAGAAUGAAUAAUAAUUCAUUAGUUUAGAA